UAUGAGAGUGACAAUACAAACCACACCUUCCUAUCUCUACAGAUACCGUAGAAUCUACACCUCAGAACCUCCAUCUGAAUCUUUUUAGUGGAAAAAACCAUGUUGUCCAAAUGUUUCACCCUCCAUCUCCAUCCCCACCUCUCUUCCACCUCUUUAAUCACCCAAAACUCAAGACUUUCUCUAUCCUUGACCACAAAACUAAAUGCAACACAAAUCCGAAACCAAGUUCACCCUUUCCUUCCAGCAAGAAGAUACUCCAGGUUGACCCCAAUGGCAUCAAGCCAAUCCUCAAGAAAUGAUCCAAAACUUGACCAUUUCGAGCCCGAUCCAAUACUUACGAAUGAUGAUCUCAAACCAACAACACCUGCUGAACGGACAUAUUCCGGCUGGGAAAUGGCUAGUCUAUGGAUUGGUCUUGUUGUGGGUGUGCCGUCAUAUUACUUGGCAGGUAGUCUUGUUGACCUGGGCAUGGCAUGGUGGCAAGGAAUUGCAACAGUUGUUGCUGCCAACAUAAUCCUACUAGUCCCAUUAAUCUUAACAGGUCAUCCAGGCACACGUUACGGCAUCUCUUUCCCGGUCUUGGCAAGAUCUUCUUUUGGAAUUCGCGGUGCGCACAUUCCUACUCUACUUAGAGCAUUGGUUGGUUGUGGCUGGUAUGGUAUCGAGACUUGGAUUGGUGGUGAGGCAAUUUUCAUUCUUCUACCACAAUUCAUCAAAGAAAAUUCUUCGUGGUGUCAGUUCUUACCUUGGCUUGGUACUUCUCCAUUAGAAUUUGCUUGCUUUAUUGUGUUCUGGGUAGCUCAAUUGGCCAUAGUUUGGAAGGGAAUGGAUGGAAUUAGAGAGCUUGAGAAGUUCUCUGCUCCCAUUUUAAUCAUACUCACUUCUUGUUUGCUCAUUUGGGCUUAUGUGAAAGCCGGUGGUUUUGGUUACGUGCUCUCUAUUUCCUCUAGGUUGUCUCCAUCUGAGUUUUGGGCUCUGUUCUUUCCUUCCCUUACCGCAAAUAUAAGUUUUUGGGCUACUCUUGCACUUAACAUACCAGAUUUUACUCGAUAUGCCAAGAGCCAAACUGAUCAGAUUAUUGGCCAUGCUGGUCUUCCAAUUUUCAUGGGAGCAUUUACAUUUGUUGGCCUAGCUGUAACCUUAUCUACCAAAGUGAUUUUUGGCCAUGUGAUAUCUAGUCCAAUCCAACUCCUUGAGCGAAUCGGAGGGCUCACAACAAUGAUCUUAGCUAUCUUUGGAAUUAGCCUUGCCACAAUCACAACAAACAUUGCUGCCAAUGUUGUAGCACCUGCCAAUGCUCUUGUAAAUCUCAGCCCUUCAAAGUUCACAUUUAGGAGAGGUGCUCUUUUAACUGCGUUGCUUGGUAUUGCUUUUCAGCCUUGGAGGCUUCUACAAUCAAGCGAGAGUUUUGUAUAUACUUGGCUAGUUGGCUACUCGGCUCUCUUGGGCCCAAUCGGGGGCAUAGUUUUAGCAGAUUAUUAUCUUAUUCGAAAGACUGAUUUGAGUGUCAAUGACUUGUAUUCUUUGAGUCCUUAUGGGGCAUACUAUUAUUCAGGGGGUUAUAAUUUGGCCGCCAUGGCAGCUCUUAUUGCUGGGAUUUUGCCAGUAAUACCAGGUUUCCUGCAGAAUGUUGGAGUUGUUUCUAGUAUUCCAGAGACUUUCGUGGUCAUCUACAAUAAUGCUUGGUUUUUUAGCUUUUUCUUGGCAGGUUUUCUGUAUUGGUCUGUUUCCGUUCUAACAGGAAAACGGAAGAAGUCGCUAUCUAGAGAUCCCCUCUUGCCAAGUGAAACCUGAGCUUAUACGAAAUUACAUACUGUUUUCUAAGAACAAUUACUGUAUUACAUUUUCUAUUGUAAGUUCAUCGAUGAUAUUUUUAUUUUGUAAAAAAUUGGGGACCGAAACCUGUAAAAGCAGUGUUUAGUUAAUCUAUAUGUUUUCCUUUGAAAACCA